UCACUCUCUCUCUCUUUAUAUGAUCAGUAGUUUCGCCACCACAUUUCCCACAAUCUCCGGCGUCCACCAGCUGCCUCGGUCUCUGCUCCACCGCCAUCGGAAGAUGUCCACCACCAACAAGUCGGCCGCCGACGAGCGCGCGGGAGCGGAGAUCGUGUAUGGCGCAGAGGAGUGCCACCGCCAGUCUGUAGAGCUCCUCCAGGAGCUUGGUUUUCCCAAGGGUGUCAUGCCCCUUCAGAACUUGGAAGAGUGCGGGCGAGUGCGGGAGACGGGGUUCGUGUGGAUGAAGCAGAAGGCGCCGUACGAGCACUUCUUCGUGAACACGGGCACGCGCGUGAGCUAUGCGACGGAGGUCACCGCCUAUGUGGAGAAGUCGAGGAUGAAGAGGAUGACCGGGAUCAAGAGCAGACAGAUGUUCCUGUGGGUGCCCAUCGCGGAGAUGAGCCUCGAGGAGCCGGCGGCCAGCAAGAUCACGUUCAAGACGCCGAUGGGGAUCGGCAAGUCCUUCCCAGUCACCGCCUUCAUGACAGACGAGGAGAAGAACAAGUACUUGUUGGAGAAGGGAAAUUGAACAAAUCAGUCCGGGGGAGAAUAAAUUCGAAAUCUCUUCAGUUUCUGCUUAUUUUGCUCUUUAUUUUGGUUAAAGAUGGUCCAAUUGUUUUCUUGGAUCAGACUACGGAUAUCUUCUGGCCAUUCUGCUGAUGAAUAAUCUUUGAAUUGCAUGGCAUAUUAAUGUCAUUGUUGUAGUUUCUCGUGA